CUGGCUUCUAGCGCAUGCGCAAAUGUACUUCAAGCCAAGCAAAAAGACGAGGUCGUUCGGAGAAUUUUGGAAUUGACGAUCUUAAAGUCAUAUGAUUGACAGCAAAUAUAGCAACACUUAUCUCAAGUCGCGUUUCCCAAAGCCACGAAACGUGCAUUGAGUUUGGAGCGAUAUCUGAAGUGAAGAUUGAAGACGUGAUAGAAGAUGGACGACUACUGCUAUGCUAAGAUGGCGACGUCAUGUCAAAGAGAACAUUCCAGCAAAUCACCAACGGAGAUAAAGACGGAAGAUGAAGACGUCCAGCAGCUGAUGGGUAAUCCAGAAGAAGUUUCCCCUCAGUCAGGGGGGAGCUCCACUUUGAAGCAGGAGACUCCACAACCACCCUGCAUUAAAAAGGAAGAGGAGGAACUCUGCAUCACUCAGGAGGGAGAGUGUCUUCUAGGACGAGAGGAAGCUGAUUACACCAAGUUUCCACUGACUAUUGUCUCUGUGAAGACUGAAGAGAAACCAGACGACGUUGAAGAACCUUUGAGCAGCGAUACAGACUGUGAAGACGUCCAGCAGCUGAUGGGUAAUUCAGAAGAAGUUCCCCCUCAGUCAGGGGGGAGCUCCACUUUGAAGCAGGAGACUCCACAACCACUCUGCAUUAAAAAGGAAGAGGAGGAACUCUGCAUCACUCAGGAGGGAGAGUGUCUUCUAGGACGAGAGGAAGCUGAUUACACCAAGUUUCCACUGACUAUUAUCUCUGUGAAGACUGAAGAUGAUGAAGAGAAACCACAAGUAGACAAGCUCUUAGCUCCACUAUCAGAUAGUGAGGAUGAAGACGAGGUUGAAGAACCUUUGAGCAGCGAUACAGACUGUGAAGGUGAUAUGAGGACUCACACUGACAACAAACACUCUGAAUGCUCUGCAAAGAAGAGAGGUAAAACAUGUUUGAGCUGCUCAGUUUGUGCUGAAAGUUUUACUAACAAAAGCAAUUUAAAUCAACACAUGAAAACACACACAGGUGAAAAAACAUUUAUCUGUUCAGUUUGUGGCAAAAGCUUUUCUCAAAAAAACAAUUUCACUAAACACAUGAGAACACACACUGGUGAAAAACCAUUUAGUUGUUCAGUUUGUGGCAAAAGCUUUUCUCAAAAUAGCAAUUUGACUGAACACAUGAGAACACACACUGGUGAAAAACCAUUUAGUUGUUCAGUUUGUGGCAAAAGCUUUUCUCAAAAUGGCAAUUUGACUGAACACAUGAGAACACACACUGGUGAAAAACCAUUUAGUUGUUCAGUUUGUGGCAAAAGCUUUUCUCAAAAUAGCAAUUUGACUGAACACAUGAGAACACACACAGGUGUAAAGCCAUUCAGUUGUUCAGUUUGUGGCAAAAACUAUUCUCAAAAUGGCAAUUUGACUAAACACAUGAGAACACACACAGGGGAUGAACCAUUCAAUUGUUCAGUUUGUGAUAAAAGAUAUUCUGUUAAGUGGUAUUUGACUGGACACAUGAGAACACACACUGGUGAAAAACCAUUUAGUUGUUCUGUUUGUGGCAAAAGCUUUUCUCAAAAUAGCAAUUUGACUGAACACAUGAGAACACACACUGGUGAAAAACCAUUUAGUUGUUCAGUUUGUGGUAAACGCUUUUCUCGAAAUAGCAAUUUGACUGAACACAUGAGAACACACACUGGUGAAAAACCAUUUAGUUGUUCAGUUUGUGGCAAAAGCUUUUCUCAAAAUGGCAAGUUGACUAAACACAUGAGAACACACACAGGUGAAAAAACUUUUAGAUGUUCAGUUUGUGGCGUAAGCUUUUCAACUAAGAGCAAUUUGACUGGACACAUGAGAACACACACAGGUGAAAAACCAUUUGAUUGUUCAGUUUGCGGCAAAAGCUUUUCUUUUAAUUACACUUUGACUAAACACAUGAGAACACAUACGGGUAAAAAACCAUUUAAGUGUUCAGUUUGUGGCAAAAGUUUUUCUCAAAAUAGCCAUUUGACUGAACACAUGAGAACACACACAGGAGAUAAACCAUUUAAUUGUUCAGUUUGUGCUGAAAGAUUUUAUGUUAAGUGGUAUUUGACUCAACACAUGAGAACACACACUGGUGAAAAACCAUUUAGUUGUUCAGUUUGUGGCAAAAGCUUUUCUAUAAAAAGUAAUCUGACUGGACACAUGAGAACACACACAGGUGAAAAAACAUUUUAUUGUUCAGUUUGUGACAAAAGCUUUUCUCAAAGUGGCUGUUUGACUAAACACAUGAGAACACACACAGGUGUAAAACCAUUUAACUGUUCGAUUUGUGGCAGAAACUUUUCUAUUAAGAACCGUUUGACUGAACACAUGAGAACACACACAGGUGAAAAACCAUUUAGUUGUUCAGUGUGCUGUAAAAGGUUCACAAAAAAAGCAACCGCAGUGCAACACAUGAGAACACACAAGGGAAAAUAAGCAAUUAGCUGUUUAGUUUGUGGUAUGUUGCUCAUAUGUGGCGACAUCCACCCUACCCAGGACCUCCUCACUGCUUCUUUCACAAAUAUCUGAGGUAUUCAUACAAACUUGGAUUGUUUGGAGCAUAAUCUUAUCCACUCAUGACCUCAUGUCUUCUCUGUAUCUGAAACCUUCCUGAACAGUAAGAUAGAUGAUGCUUCAAGUGCUUGGUUACUCCUUCUUCAGUCCAGGGACCUGGGGCCUCAUGUGUUAGGUUUGUGUACAAGGUCAAAAACCUGCACUACACCCUUUUUCACUGCAAAGUUGAGAUGUAUCAAAACUGACAUUUACGCAUAACUGAUGCUGGGUAACUGUUUGCAUAAAAAAAACUGCCAAAGUUUACUCCUCAGACUGAUUGAAGUGCAAAUUAGAGACGUAUGAAUAAUUAACCCCCAACACCCACAACCCAACCCCCACCUCCCUCGACAUCCGGGCAUAACAGGUUCAAUCCGGCCCGCGAGAUGAGUGUGCGAAGUGUAAAAGUCAGCUGUAUUUCUUUAUGAAAGAAACUGCUGUACUUAUUGUGUCCACUGGAUGUCGCAAUAGCAAUUCUGUUAGGCAAGCAAAUAGCAUAGCAAGUAUACCAAGCAAGAGGUACACGGUAAAGCGGGGCUGUGACUCCUCCCCCUCCACCCAACGUAAAAGAGGAGUAAAAUAAUCAAUCAGUAACCCCACUUCAAAUGCAGCAUGAGACACUGCACACUGAUAUAGUUCUGUGAAAAUGAUUGUCUUCUGUGCAAAUGUAAAGAAAGUGAACAGUGUGUGAUUUACUGCAAUACUGUCAGUCUUUCAACUUUUUAUUCGUGCUUUGUUGAAAUUGUUCACACAUUGCACUGCUUUUAUUUUUCUAUCAAUACACAUUAUGUCUAGUAUAGUCGUAAGUAACUCAACACUCUUGAAUAGUUUCUACCUCAGUGUGUAUGGUUUGUUGAGUUAGCACAGGAUUAAUAUGCGGAAAUCAUAAAUGAGGUAGUUGAUACAUAGAAUAGUUUUUAUUCAUUUUUCUUUUGGUUUUCUCGAUGGGUUUUGACUUAAAGUUUAGUUGCUUUAAUUAACUAAAGCACAAUUUUUUAGAUUAACUGUGUUUUUCAAGGUGUCUUUAAAAUUGUACCUUUUUUAUUCUUCCUGUAAAUGUUUAACUAACUUGAGGUGUUUUGUCAAGAGGAUUAUUUGUGAUAUGUACAUUUUCAGAAUGUGCUUGUUCUAUUUUGGGCCGAAAUAAAAUGAAGAAAACAAUCUGAAGUGAGCUAAAAUGAGUUUGACAGCCCUGCUGUAAUCUGACUCAUGUGAGCAGGUUACUGUAUAAACACAUUUUGUUAUAAGUUAUAAAAAAGUGUUCAGUUCUCAGAGACACAUCAAUGUCAGGCUGACAAUCGCUCUUCCGCUUUCUCCAAACACGAGAACAAAGCAGCUCCUGCUGACUUGUGAUUGGUCAGACCGUGCCGAUCUUAAUCACAUGGCUAAUUGCAAUAUAAUAAAUUGCGAUGUAACACAAUUGAAUAUCUUAUAUGCUCAGACAGUAAUGUGUUUAUAUAAGUUUAGAUUGUGUUAUGAUGUUUGUAAUGGGGAAAGACGUUAAUGUGUCUUGUUUUCAUGUUUGCAUUUAAGAUAGUUGACAUUUGUUAACUGGUGAUUAGUGAUGUUAAGUGCCUAAGAUGGUAGUUAUUGAUUAGCAGUGCGAUGAGGGCUUUCUGCUGCUGAGUGAUUAGCACUACAGUUAGAGCCACCUAUCGCCAGGUAGAAAUGAGCAGUUUCACCAACAUUUUGACGUGAAACCAUAUUACUAACUGUCUGCUGUUUUACAGGAUU